GCUAAUGGUGUACAAUGUUAAUAAUUUAGCAUGUUAUACAGUGACGAGCAGUGAUUCCGCUGUAGCCGCAGGGGCCUCGAAUUUUGUUGUAAAAUUACGCAGUGAAAUUGCAUCAAAUCUGGAUACGUCUUACUUGUGUAGGAACCACCAGUGUGGAAACGGAUCCUUCUGUGCUGCUUUAUCCAGUGGUGUUUUAGUCUGCAUGGCCGGAUUAUGUGGACAACCUGUGUCUAUCACGAAUGCAGCUGUGAACGCUAAUAGCUACUCCAUAUCUGCGAUAGCAACAUAUUCGUGUAAUAACGGAUAUUAUUCCAUUGGUUCGAGUGACAUCACGUGCAAUUCUUCUCUAGAAUGGACUGAUGCCUCUUUGGUUUGUUGCAAAGACGGAUUCACCUAUGACCAAGGCACACAAAUGAUGUAUCAAGUAUUUUCGCAAAAUAAGAAUUACGAUGAAGCGUUACUUCAUUGUUCUGGCUUAGGGUCGGGACUUUUAAAAGUUAAUAACACAGAAAGGAUGAACGUUUUGUCUAUCUACCUAUCUACUGGGCAAUUUUACACAGAUGCGUCCGAUCUUGUCACGGAGGGUUCCUGGAUCUUCUCUGACGGCAGUGACGUAGAUAUGACAUUAUUUGGUCCUAACGAGCCAGAUGGAGGAACAACUGAAAAUUGUGCAAUUUUCGGAGCCGGUUCUAAACUUUACGACGUAAAGUGUAACACGAACAGAUAUUUCAUUUGUGAAGUAAGGUGAUGUUUUCCUCGGUCUACCAUCUACUCAUUAGUUUCAGGUAAUAUUCAAACAAUAAUUUUCCCACGGAGAAAUCAAAAACUGACAAAAAAAACUUGCGCGAUAUGUUUGCACCAGAAUCAUCAUUUAUUAGUGUAUAACUGUUGAUAAUAAUGGAUGUGUUAACUUGCGUUAAUUUUAUUUGAUAUGUAAAUGAGAAAAAGAUUAAGUUUAAACUCUAGGGAGUUUUCUGUGAAUAUUUGUUAUAAACUGUAAUGCAAUAAAUAGUUUUAAAAUUGCCCAAUGGAUUUAGUAUAGUCUGUCUAAACAGGGUAGGAUGGGACCAUAAAAAUGCCUGUUGGAAAAGAGUUCCUCUUCUACAUCCUACAUAGUCUAUAAUGCUUUGGAAAAAAAUCUAGUAUAGACAGUGUACUUGUGUAACGAAUAUUUUGUAUUACAUAAACCGAUUUAUUUCGAGUAGAUUUUUGAUUGAGAGAUAUUUUUGAAGUUCAUUUCGUUGUCAUAAAACCUUUAACUCAAUCAUGUUCCUAUUAAGCUUCCACGUCUAUCCUGUAUCAUCAACUUAUCAUUCACACGAUGUCUGUAUUUUAUGGGAAUAUUUCUGGUGAACACGUUUUACUAGGCUGUACCAGAACUUCUAUGGUGUCAGCGUCUCAAGCGUAAUAUAUUACAACAUAUUGGUCAUGAACCUCAUUGCAGAAUAUUUUCCUCAUAAUUUAAUCCUGUUUUUCAAUUAUUAUGUAGUAUUGUACGCUGAUAUGUGGGGUGAUGUCUUCAUUUCGGAACUGUGUGUUUCGGGUACAUAGGAAUUGAAAGUGAUAAAUAUGUCAUGUCGGUACAAAAUGUGGACAUUCUGUAUGCUUGACCCAUUGACGAAAAUGACAUUC